CGCGGAGGUACGGCUGCAGCCUGCAGUCGCCCUCCCACUCCACGCACGGACGCACCCAGCCUCACUCCAAGGCUGCCUCUGAAGCCCAACAUCCAAACCGAGGGGACUCCAGCGAAGGCGACCACAACGCCAUCGCGGCCUCCCGCCGGCGCUACUCCUCAGUCCGCCGCCGCCGCCGCCGCUGCCGCUCCUCUUCUUGUGUUAUUGAGCGGUCCAAGCAGAGCUAAUGGCUACAUCGGAGCCAGUACAGGAAAGUUUGAUGCUGGACUACCCACAGCCCCGUAAGCCUCGGGUCCUUCUUGCUGCUUCAGGAAGUGUAGCUGCUAUUAAAUUUGAGAGCCUUUGCCGUAGUUUCUCUGAGUGGGCAGAAGUCCGAGCUGUGGCCACCAAAUCAUCAUUACACUUUGUUGAUAGAUCAUCUCUACCUAGUGGCAUUGUUCUUUACACUGAUGACGAUGAAUGGUCUAGCUGGAAGAAGAUAGGAGAUGAAGUAUUACACAUUGAACUACGAAAAUGGUCAGAUAUCAUGGUGAUUGCUCCGUUAUCGGCAAAUACCCUGGCUAAGAUUGCUGGUGGGCUAUGUGACAAUCUUUUGACAUGCAUAGUGAGAGCAUGGGACUACAGAAAACCACUCUUUGUUGCUCCAGCUAUGAACACUUUAAUGUGGAACAACCCAUUCACAGAGCGUCAUAUUCAGACAAUCAACCAACUGGGCAUAAUUUCGAUCCCCCCAGUUACCAAAAAAUUGGCUUGUGGCGAUUAUGGAAAUGGUGCAAUGGCUGAGACCUCGCAGAUCUAUACUUCUGUGAGGCUUGCAUGCAAGACACAACCCCAUGAUGCGUGCAGUUCACUUGUGAUUCCUGUCAGCAGUGACCUCCCAUCUAGCUGAUGUGAUGAUCAACCUCUUCAAGUGUUGAGCUUUGGAGUUCAUUUUCUCUGGAUCUAAGAAGUGAAGAGCAAUAGAUGUUAAUCAGUGAAGUUUGUAUGAACCUGAGUGGUACCUUCGGUACAAAAUACUUGUGGUAUGGUAGGUUAUGGAAAUUGGGGAAAGGCUGUUGUUCGGGCUGGUAGCUUUUCCCCCUUCUUUUCAGUAAGAUUCACUGCAAUUGUAUCAACAUUGCAGCAAGUUUUUCUAUCAUCUUUGAUAUUCCUGUUGUGUUCAUUGGAAUGACAUUUCGGCUAAACAUGCUGACCAUGUGGAUGCUUCAUACUGGAACUGCAAUUGAUGUGCUCCUGUAGCUUCCACGUU